CUGCGCGUGAGGCUCCUGAAGUGUGCAGUAGCGGCGGCGGUGAGACGGUGAGAGCGGAGGAGAUGUGGAGACGCGAUGCUGUACUGCGAGCCGCAGGACUGAGAGAUCAGAUCAGAUCAGCACUCUGAAUCCUACAGCACGAUGAAUGUGAGUGUGUACAUAAGGCGAGCAUGCAGAAUGUUCAGUGGCCCGUUCUGACUGGACCACCUGACGCCAGGCCACCCCAUGCCCACCUGUGAUCCAGAAGACAACCUCUCAUCCCCUCGAGCUCCGCUUCUCUCGGACAACCAUCAUUAGUCUUGAUGAGGAACCCUGCCACCGGUGAUGUGAUGAACAAGUUUGAGGUGCUUGGGAUCGUUGGGGAAGGAGCAUAUGGAGUCGUGCUCAAAUGCAGACACAAGGAGACUAAUGAAAUCGUGGCUAUUAAGAAGUUCAAGGACAGCGAAGAGAACGAGGAUGUGAAGGAGACGACGCUGCGGGAGCUGAAAAUGCUCCGCACGCUCAAGCAGGAAAACAUCGUGGAGCUGAAGGAGGCGUUCCGGCGCCGGGGGAAACUCUACCUGGUGUUUGAGUAUGUGGAGAAGAACAUGCUGGAGUUGCUGGAAGAGCUGCCUAACGGAGUGCCACCUGACAAAGCGAGGACCUACAUCUACCAGCUAAUCAAAGCCAUCCACUGGUGCCAUAAGAACGACAUAGUGCACAGGGACAUUAAGCCAGAAAACCUCCUAAUCAGCUCAGAAGAUGUGCUCAAGCUGUGUGAUUUUGGUUUCGCACGUGACCUCUCUGAAGGAACGGAUGCCAAUUACACGGAGUACGUGGCCACCAGGUGGUACCGCUCACCCGAACUACUACUGGGAGCUCCUUACGGGAAGGCGGUGGAUAUGUGGUCGGUGGGGUGCAUUCUGGGCGAGCUGAGUGACGGACAGCCCUUGUUUCCAGGCGAGAGCGAGAUAGACCAACUCUUCACCAUACAGAAGGUUCUCGGACCCCUGCCUCCAGAGCAGAUGAAGCUUUUCUACAACAACCCCCGCUUCCACGGCCUACGGUUCCCUACAGUGAGCCACCCGCAGACUCUGGAGAGGAGAUACCUUGGCAUCAUCAACGGCCCCAUGCUGGACCUAAUGAAGAACCUGCUGCUUUUGAACCCAAAUGAGCGUUUCCUGACAGAGCAGAGUCUGAACCACCACGUAUUCCAGAGUCAGCGGCAGACCGACCGACCCGGCCCCCCGACCCCUACGCCCAUCCGCUCCUCCAAGAGAAAACCCCACCACGAUAACACCCCCCUCAACAGGAGUCAUGGUAGUAAGAGCUCAGGACACCAUCGUUCCAACAGCCGGGACUGUUCUAGCCUACCCCGUCAUAAUCAGGCUGAGCUGCACCCACAGAGCGCCGAAUCAUUCUUAAAUGGUGCCGUACCUGCGUCUAGCAGCUUGAGCCCCACACUGCAUGCCAAGUCUUUCCAUUCCCCUCAACCCCUCAACCGCUCAGCAUCUUGCGGCAAAGACCUGGCCUCGCUCAGCCCCAAAAAGGCGCGAGGUAAAGUCUCCGACCUGGACUUCGACUUGCCCAAAGCGUCUGAUGGCCCUGGUGCCAAAUACCUCAAAUCCAAUCCCUCGCGGACCCACAACCGCCACUCGUUUGUGGAGGGCAAGAAUAAUACGCUGCAGGGAGAACGGGAGAAGCAUGUACGCCACGGUGAGCCAAUGCCUUUGAAUUCGAGCAGUAAAAGUUCUUCGUCUUUUAUGAGUUUGUCCAAGAGCCAUGGCGCACUGACUGAUGCCAAGUCUAUUAGUAACUUGAGCGAUCCACGCCUUCUCCAAGACGAUGCACCCGUGCCCUCACGAUAUUUCCCUUCUAGCUGUCUGGACCUAAAUGCCAACCUAAACCUGGGGGCACCCGGUAGCCCUGCUUUGCGUCACAGUCCUGGAGGGCGUGCCAAGUCCGAGCGUCAAACCGGCAUGGUGGACUCGACACUUCGCCGCUCAUCAACACGUCACAAGGGCCAACAGGACGAGGCCAAAGCUACAGAAACUCUGGAUCCUGGAGGAGGAACUCGUGACUUCCCCUAUGGUCUGGGCUACACUAGCCCUUUUUCAUCACAACAGCGCCCCCACAGGCAUUCCAUGUAUGUGCGACGGGAGCGUAGUCGACCACACGGAGUGGAUGUAGGCCUGGCCCUUGGGCAGAGUGCUCCCACCCGUGCCAGCAGCCUCCAGAUGCUCUCGCCACAGCUUCAGCACCGCACGCUACCCAGGCACGUGGGCAGCUCCAGCAGCCGUGAUGAUACCCCUGAUGACCUCAGGGCAGCCAUGUAUCACGAGCAGCAUCCAGAGGACGGAGGAUCUUCCAAAGAGAACCGCAUGGUCUACAGUGACUCGAUGCCACGUCGAGUCGGCAGUUUCUACAGAGUGCCAUCUCCUAGACCAGAUAACACUUUCCAUGAGGGCAGCGGGCAGAAUAUGAGCUCAGGGGUGAACAUGGAGAGCGGCAGCCACACCAAACGUCAACCUACCUAUGACCCCUGGACAGGGCCCGAGGCACUCGAUUUGGGUGCUCCAGAACCAGUCAAAGAGAAGGAGAAGCAAGGCUUUUUCAGAGCAAUAAAGAAGAAGAAGAAGAAAUCUCAAGCGGUGGAUGUUGGAGAAGCCAGGGGUCCUGUGAUCAAGAAAUCUCUUUUUCCUCUGUCUAACUCAAAGCCUAGCUUUAAACAUAACUCCUCAGAGAGAGUACUCCCUCUAGUGGCCACGCCCAUGGUCCUGAACGAGGGACCAGAUCAAGUGGUGGUACAGAAAUCGUCCCGGGGCUUUGGGCAGCAGAGCAGCACAAGACACCGGACACGCAGCAGAGACCGGGAGAGGAGUCGAGAUCGGGAACAGGAGCAGGACAGAGACGAGUGGCCGGCCGAGAGGCUAACCGAAUCCCACUCUCAGAACCAACCUCUCAGGUCUCUUCGCAAGCUUCUUCAUCUCCCUGCCUCCUCCUCCUCCAGCAAACCAAAUACACCAGACAUGCGUUUCCCCCACGGCAACUCCAAAGGAGGAAGCUUUGUAGAGUCACGGAGCCACGUCGGAGGAGGAGGAACUGGAGGAUCGACCCAGGCCAUGUCCCGCCAGGCCGCCUAUCCUCACGCCGGUCAGCUGGAAUCCACAUGGCACUCAGCGGCUCUGGGAAGAGCGGAGGGAAACCCAUACCCGGAGCAGCUGGCAUCCAAAGCAGGCCAGAACGGGCACGGCUUCGUCCGCACGUCACGCUCACGCAUGCCAAACCUCAACGACCUGAAAGAGACUGCACUUUAAAAUGAGCCUGUUUCUCAAAUACAGUGCCACCUGGAGGCCUGGAGGGCUAGAGAGGUCAAACACUGGAGGACAUUGGUGUUUUCAUGAACGAUAAGGGUAGGCCUAGACAUGUCUUAAUCUUUUUUUUAUUUUCCAUAUUUAAUAGAAUUUGUAAUAUUAUUUAUGUACUUAUUGUAUUUUUUGUUAUUGAAAAUUAUCAAUAUGAAAUGAACAUAUAUAAAUAUAUAUAUAUAUAUCUUGUUAAGUAUAAAAAUGUAUUAUAAUAAUAAUUCUAGUUCUAUUAUUCUGCAUAUAAUAAUUCUUAUAUUUGGUUAAGAAUGUCAAAUGUUUGUGUAUGAAAUCUAAGUUUAUAAAGAGGUAAGAAUAUUGUUACAAUUCACAUCACAACUUUCUGUUACAUUUAUUUCUAAACUUGAUUCAGUGGAAUUGGCACAAGAGACAAAAGUCAGACGAGAGUCAGACGAGAGUCAGACGAAAGUGAGACGAGAGUCAGACGAGAGUCUAUGAUGAUCUGUUGAAAUGCAACAACUAAUACUUGUCAAAGAGCUGUAGGGCCAACACACACACACACACACACACACACACACACACACACACACACACACACACACACACAGUGCUAUAGCAUCAUCUGCUGGCCAUAGUUAUUCACUACAUUCAAUGACAGACAAAUAGUUUGCAUACAAAAAAAAACAACACAAAAACAAGAAAUAAUAAAACUAAUACUAAUAUUUUUUAUUUAAAUAAAGAAAGCAAAAUUGCUGCGGAUGUGCAGCAUGUUCUCAUGUGUAAAAGCCAGAUGCCAUUUGUAUAUUCUCAGGUUUAGUGUUAAAUAAACACUGUAAAUAUUAUUUUAUUGCAAUAUUUUAAGACCAACACGGGGAAAAAAAUGUUUUUAAAUUUCAGUUUAGAAUUAAAAUCUUAAUAAAUGAAUGUGUGACGGGAACAAAAAAAUAAUAAAACUGCAAUAUGCUUAAACAAAAACAACUAAAUAAUAAUAAUAAUAAUAAUAAAAACACCACCACAUCAUCAUAAAUAUAUAUAUAUUUCUUAGGAUGGGGUGCCAAUAUUUAACCCGGUGAACAGUAGAUUUUGCUAUCGGUCGUAGGAUAUUAGAGGGGAAACGUUUCAUGGGGUGGACAAAUCAUAGCUUUAUUAGAGACCUUGUGGUUUGUUUGGGUUAAAAGCUUAUUAUUGGAAUUAACAAAAUUUAACCCAAACUCAGUUAUUUACGUCAGAACCGUAAUACGUAAUAUAAAUGUAUUAGACAAAAUUGCACGGAGAAGUCUGCAGUCAUAAUCCUUAUUUUCUAUGAUGUAGCAUAUCGUCUUUGUGUCUCUAGCAUUUUGUGUGCGCCAAAGAGAACUGGCUGGGGUUUUGAUUUCGGCUGUAUACAGUACGUGUUUAAAUGUCAUAGCAAUAGAGUUUUAUAACUGUUUUUUUUUUUACUGUGUUGUUGUUGUUGUUGAUGAUGUAUUUCAUUAGUCUUUCAUCACUGCCAAUAUGUGAUGUUCUUAAAAGAUUGCACGUGCAAAUGCAUAAGAUAAUCUAGUUGAAUCAGUUCAUAUCAGUAAUGGAAUUCAGGAAUAGGUAGCUAGUACUAGAACCUUAAGAUCCAUGGGAAAUUUUUCAUGAAAGCCAAAAUGCUUUUCAUAAAAGCAGAACACUGAACCUACAUGAUUCCGAACUGAAAAACAAACAUGAAUCAGGCUAUUGAUUUGUCCACCUCUGGUUUCAUCUCUUUAAAGGGUCGGUUUGUAACAUUCGGCGCCCUCUGCUGGCUGUCUAUUGAACAUUCACAAGCCUUUUCCUUCCCCUAAAUCUAUCUUAAAUUUGUAUUUUAGGGGGGGAA